AUGACUGGUCUGGGAAGCCUGCUGCUACUUGCGGUGUUGGGGACGGCCUGUGCCCAAGACUUCGCUGUGAAGGUUAACGUGACCGGCGUGGGAAUGCUCGGUGGCUCCUUAGCCUGGACCAAGCGCCAGAAUCGAACCAUCUACCAGUUCCUGGGCGUGCCCUACGCCAACGUCACCACCAGAUUCCAGGAGCCGUCGCAACCGGUGAACUGGACUGGAACGAGGAACGCCACAGCCUACGGCCCGGCCUGUGUACAGUUCUUCUCUUCCGGAAGCUCCAGCCUACGCCAUCCCGCAGCUGACGUCGACCCCGUGCUGGUAGCGGCGGCGGCGAUGGCGACUCCGCUCAGCCAGAGCGAAUACUGCCUCACCAUGGACAUCUACUCGCCGAAUAUGACGGCGAAGCUGCCGGUGCUGGUGUACGUGCACGGUGGGGCGUUCGUGGGCGGCUCCUCGCAGCAGGUGCAGCCCCACUUCCUGCUCGACCACGACAUCGUGCUGGUGGCGCCGCAGUACAGACUCGGCCCGCUCGGUUUCCUGAGCCUGCAGACGGACGACGUUCCCGGCAACGCCGGCCUCAUGGACCAGCUGGCGGCGCUGCAGUGGGUCCACGACCACAUCAGCCAGUUCGGUGGCGACCCCGCCAAGGUGACGCUGGCCGGCGGCAGCGCCGGCGCCGCUUCAGCAGCGCUGCUGCAGCUCAGCCCACUCUCCAAACCGACCACUGGAGGUGGGUCCACACAGUCCGAUCCACUGCUCCACAACUACAGAGUUUCCCUCUUGCUGGCAGGAGACUUUGGGACCAGGAGACUUUGGGACCUGGAGACUUUGGGACCAGGAGACUUUGGGACCAGGAGACUUUGGGAGACUUUGGGACCAUGA